AUGUCCACAGUGUCACUGGCAGAUCUGUACGCAAACCCAGAGCUGCUGCUGCAGAGGAAGUACCAGACCUCCACCUCCUCCUGCACCUCCUCCUCCACCUCCUCCUGCACCUCCUCCUCCACCUCCUCCUGCAACUCCUCCAAACCAGGGACAGUCUUCAGAUCGGCUCCCAGUUCCCCCAAUACUCUACCUCGCAACCAGCUCCACACCCACAGGGGGCAGCAGAGAGAGACGGCUCUACACAACACCACUGUGUCUGUCUACAGGAGGAGACUCUGGGAGUGGAGUCUGUUUGACUUCAGGGAAAUGCCACACGCGACAUGUCUGCUGCAGGCGCCUGAAAACACGAUGAGCAGAGGUACAGCGCCCCCUGCUGGGUUCCUGACGGAGGUGGACUUUGAUGACGUCAUGACAGAAGAGCAGAGAUGUUCUGUGGGCUUCAGCCGAGGCAGCAGGGGGCGCUCCAGCCUGCCCCUCCCCCACUCCUCCCCCAGCAGAGACAGGGGGCUGGGGGUGGUGUACCUGCAGCUGGGGGAGGACACUCGGCAAGUGUAUGUGAGCUCCGAGCUGAAGGACAUGUCCGCCCUGCGCGCCCUCUUCCUUCGCACCUUCCCCCAGAUCAGCGUCCGGCUUCUUCAGUCUCCGCACACAUCAGUCUGCAUCCGGGACCACGGCCACGCCCACUACCGCCUGCUCCAGGACCCCAGGUCCAUCUCUGCUCAGAGCUGCCUCAAACUGUUCACCAGAGACCCAGGACCAGAGCCCAGGAUCUCGAAGGAGCUGUUGUACGGCGGCCACAUGCUGCAGGGCUCCAUGUCGCCCCCUAUGGUCCGCUCGGUGCCAUCGUCUCCGUCGAAAGCCCAGGGCUCCUCCACGUUACCGCGGCAACGGACCCAAGCCACGGGACGCAAACCCAGCUCCAGCAGCAGCGCCAUCCUGGAGCGGAGGGACGUCGUGCCGGAUGAGGAGCUGUGCCCGGAGCUGGCCUUGGUGCUUCACCCUGAUGCCCUCCCACACGCCCUGGACCCUGUGCCCCCCAUGAGCAGGACGUCCCAGUGCACUGCCCCCCCCUCUGUGAGCAGGACGUCCCAGUGCAGUGCCCCCCCCUCUGUGGGCAGGACGUCCCAGUACAGUGCCCCCCCCUCCCUCUGUGUGGCGCUGCAGGACAGUGGAGCACUGCUGCCAAGGUUCCACGCCUCUGUCAAACCUCUGCACAGCCACACGGGGGCGACACAGAGCCACUCUCUCACCAGACGGAGCAGUGGGGGUCACAUGGUGGGGCCUCCUCUGGACCCAGUCCCAGCAGAGGCCUGUAAGGGGCGCAUUCUGGGCUCCUGCUCCUCCAACUCCUCUGUGUUUGUGGACGAACCCCUGAGCGACGACGUGUUCGGGAGAAACAGUGGCUCACAGAGUGAGCGGAUGUUGCAGAUGGAGGAGCAGAUUGCGAGUCUGGCCGGUCUGGUCCAUCGAGCCCUGUCUGUGGGAGAGGCCCCCGACCUCCAGGACCCAGGAGAGAAUGGUCCUCGCCUUCCCUUCAGACCAAAGGGUGUGUUGCUGAGGCCGGGUCAGGAGUCUCUCUCACAGAAGCUGAGUUGUGCCAAACACACAGUGUGUGACCUGCGGCUGCAGCUGGAGCAACUGCGCCACCAACAGCUGUGUCAGCAGGCGGCUGUGGGCUCCAUGCUGAGGGCCGUGGGUCAGGAGCUGCUGACCUUCAUGAAGCAGAAGCUGCAGAGUCAGGAGUCUGGGCCUCGAGCUGAAGUGGAACACAGGAGGAGAGUAUACAGCUGCAGCCAGCAGCACAUCCUCAGCCAGCUCAGCUCCCUGGAGGACUUCGUGGGUGGUCUACAGAAGUCCCUGGGUUCUGGUCCCGGGUCUGUGAGUCUUGGAGACGUGGAACUGGCAGCUGUCAGUCUGAGGAAGAUCGGACAGGACAUGGCUUUGCUCAAAGGUGGGUUUCCAGGUCUACAGAGUCGUAUGUGCUCCGUGCUGCGGUUGGAGAUGGAGUUGGUUCGGUUCCUGAAGGAGGAGCCUCUUCAGAUGGACGCCAUGUUGUGUCGCAUCCGGAAUCUCACAGAGGAUCUCAGCACACUACACAGGAGUGUGUCUGAGUCUUUGGUCCGGUCCAGAGAAGACCAGGUCCAGGUCUCUCCCAGACCUCGGCCUCGCUCCUCCUUCAGAGGUCCAGAGAACAGCUGUGGUCCCGGGGCGUCUGCGGCUUCAGCCUCUGUACCUGUGAGCUCAGCACAGGAGAUCGUCAGGUUGACCCCAGACGGCAGCGUGGCUCCAGACUCGGACCAGUCCCAGUCCUCCGAGUCCUCAGACCAAAGUCUGACCCAGGAUCCCGGGUCCGACCCAGAGACGAGCACAGAAACAACACACACACACCAUGUGGACUCCGGCGUCCGUCGCCCAGAGAGACCUUCAAAAAUCAGAUGUAGCAACGGAAACACAACGCCUCCUCAAAGGUUUGAGGUUCAGUCCAGUGGUUUAUCAGAGCACUCUGUGAAACCUCAGCAGGAGAGAGAGAAGGUGCCCAUGAGCAAACCUCCACGACAGCCCCCAGAGGUCAAACCCAAACCCCAAAAGAGUCCAGCUGUUCCUGGGAACACGAGCUCCAGAAACUCUCCCAUCACCGCCACUGCUGCAGCCGCAUCAGCCUGCACCAAGGACCAGAGUGUUCCACAGUCCAGACGAGUCGGUGGAAUGACACACAAACCGCCGGAGGAUCGCUCCUAA